AAACGCUGGCGGGACAGCUGUUUCUUCAAGCGUGUUGAUUUCAAUUGGCAACAAAUUGCAAAUUGUUUAUACAAAAUGGCAUAAAUGCUCUGAAUUGACAGCCAACAAGUGGUUAAAAUUGUUAAAUCAAUAGAUCAAAAGAAGACCCAUCGGCUGAUAGUGUUAACCUAAAGAUAACCCAGAUAAAACAAGGAGAACCCAACAAUCAUGUCGACGGGCCUAAAAUGUCGCAAUUGCGGAUCCAACGAGAUCGAGGAGGAUAAUGCUCGAGGAGAUCGGGUUUGCAUGAAUUGCGGUUCUGUGCUGGAGGACUCGCUCAUUGUUUCGGAAGUCCAGUUCGAGGAAGUUGGCCAUGGAGCAGCCGCAAUUGGCCAGUUUGUGUCCGCCGAGUCUUCGGGCGGGGCCACCAACUACGGCUACGGCAAGUUCCAGGUGGGAUCGGGCACUGAGUCCCGCGAGGUGACCAUCAAGAAGGCCAAGAAGGACAUCACCCUCCUCUGCCAGCAGCUGCAACUAUCCCAGCACUAUGCGGAUACUGCUCUGAAUUUCUUCAAGAUGGCCCUAAGCCGGCACCUGACCCGCGGCAGGAAGAGCACCCACAUCUACGCCGCCUGCGUUUACAUGACCUGCAGGACAGAGGGCACCUCCCAUCUUCUCAUCGACAUUAGCGACGUUCAGCAGAUCUGCUCCUAUGAGCUGGGACGCACCUACUUGAAGCUAUCACACGCCCUUUGUAUCAACAUACCGUCUGUGGAUCCGUGUCUGUACAUCAUGCGUUUUGCCAAUCGCCUGCAAUUGGGCGCCAAAACACACGAGGUUUCGAUGACGGCUCUGCGGAUUGUACAGCGGAUGAAGAAGGAUUGCAUGCACUCGGGACGACGACCCACUGGCCUUUGUGGCGCAGCGCUGCUGAUUGCGGCCCGCAUGCACGAUUUCAGCCGCACAAUGCUGGACGUGAUAGGUGUGGUCAAGAUCCACGAGUCAACGCUCCGCAAGCGCCUCUCGGAGUUCGCGGAAACCCCCUCGGGUGGACUGACUUUGGAGGAGUUCAUGACCGUUGACCUGGAGCGCGAACAGGAUCCGCCUUCCUUCAAGGCAGCAAGGAAAAAGGAUCGUGAGAGGAUCAAAGAUAUGGGCGAGCAUGAGCUCACGGAACUGCAAAAGGAGAUCGAUGCUCAUCUGGAAAAGGACCUGGGCAAGUACUCCAACUCCGUCUACCGCCACUUGACCAAAGGAAAGGGAAUCACUCCAAUAAGCUCGCCUGGCACACCCAAUAGCACCUCGGAAAAGGAUCUCGAACUGGAGGAGUCCAGACAAUUCAUCGAACAAUCCAAUGCUCAGGUCAUCAACGAGUUGAUAGCCAAGAACGAGGAUGUGCGGAAGGCUGAACCAGGUGGUUUGGUGGCUGGCAUUGAAGGCCUGCGACCUGAUAUCGAGGCCAUUUGUAGGGUGACCCAGAGCGAUCUGGAGGAUGUGGAGAAGGCUAAGCAGCCGCAGGAACAAGAACUCAUAACCGACGAUCUGAACGACGAUGAACUGGAUCAGUAUGUACUGACCGAGGAGGAGGCGGUGGCCAAGCUGGAAAUGUGGAAGAACCUCAACGCGGAGUAUCUUCGGGAGCAGAAGGAGCGCGACGAGCGUCUGGCCAAGGAGCGUGAGGAGGGCAAGCCGGAGCGAAAGAAGCGCAAGCCGCGCAAAAAAGUCAUCGGACCAUCCUCCACAGCCGGGGAAGCCAUCGAGAAGAUGCUGCGAAAGAAGAUCUCCAGUAAGAUCGACUAUGAGGUUCUCAAGACCCUGACCAGCGGCAGUGGUGGGCUGAUGGACGACUCUCCUGCCACGAGUGCAGAUACCAAACCAAGCACGUUGGAGGAUAUUAAGCAGCAGCCAGUUAUUGUAGAGGAAGGACCCAUUGCGCCCAAGAGCAGGGCCACCAGGCCAGCUUACGAUCUGCCCGGACCCAGUCGAAAACGGCCCAAGGUGGAGGUGGGUCUGCCAGUCAGCCAGGCGGCGGAUGAGGAGCAACCGGAUACCAAGCCAGUGGUAGUAGAAGCAGAUGAACUGGACGAAGAUGUUGAGGCGGAAGCUGAAGAGGCUGAUGCCGAGCCCGAGGCAGAACCGGAGGCCACGCUGCAGGACAUGCUCAACACGGGCGGCGAUGACGAUGAGUUUGGCUAUGGUUUUGACGAGGAGGAGGAGUACUAGACAUAAGCUUGCAUUUAGCGUUUAAAGCAUUUUAGUAUCUACACACAGACUUUAUAGUAACCAACCUACUCGUAAUACAAUUAAACUAAGCAUUAAGGCCGUGCACUUGUUGCCGCCGCUCUGUUGGCAGUGGAGGCCAUUAAAUCAUGGGCUCCUUCGCCUUGCAGCCAUUUACAUGUUUAAGCCAUGUCGGCGCGGGGAGGCGCCAAGCCCAGCCGGAACUCCCGUGCACUCUGGACUGGUACUUGUAGCCUAGCUCCUAGCUUCUAAUUGUUGGCGCUGCCGUGGCGCGCCUCCAAGUGCUGCAAAUAAAUAUUUCACUCUUAA